CUUUUUCUUGAACCUUCAACAUCAAGUUUGUAAAUUUCCAUGAACGUCUUUGAGCAUCGAAGAAGAAAAAACGCAAAAUCCCACUUUUAUCUGUCUUCUUUCUUAAUCAAUUUUUUUAAAAAAAAAUUAGAAUCCACAAAUGAAAAAGAAAAAGAAAAGCUAAAAAAUAGAAAAACUAUUUUCUGCAGCAAAAUUCGUCGACCUAAAAUCAUCGUCGCCUGAAACAGAGAGACCGCCGCCGUUUUUGGCGGCGCUAAAGAUGAAGAACCGUAGGAAACGCGGCGGUUUAAACGGUGGCGACGUCGUUGUUUCGUGGAGAAGAUUUUUCCGGUUUGUUGCUCUGUUCGUCUUCUCCUUCGUUCUCUUCUCUGCUUUGUUCAUCUUCUUCGAUAAAUCAGGCAAAAUUCGGCCGGUGGUGCGGUCAUCGGUCAAGACAGUUCUCGGUGGCUCCGUACCGACGGUUAAAGUGGUCACGACCCAUGAAGCGGUUACGUUUCCCGACCAAACAUUGAUUUUCCUAAAUUAUCCUUCGUCGUCUCGGUUAUAUACAAAAGAUAACCUCUUUUGCGUUUUCUCGGACGCAAACGACUUGUCUAAACUGUUUAAGGAGCUUCCGCUCGCCGUCGAAAUCGACGAUUUUGGCCGUCAAAUUGUACAGUGUUCCGCCGUGCCACGUGGCAAAACCGUAUCGCUAGCCGUCUCGAGAUGGACGGUUUAUAAUCACCUUCUGGUAGGACCCACACACCAGUGGGAUUGGCUGGUUUACGACGCCGUGAUCGACCACGACAACUCCACGGUGGUUUUCGUCAAGGGGCUAAAUCUACGGCCAGGAAAAGUUGCUGACGCGUCAAGGUACGAGUGUGUGUACGGUUGGGAUUUCACGAAGCCCAAACUUUUGCUUAGAUCAGAAGUUAUCUCGGCGGCCCAAGAAAUCGUACGGUGCAAAACGCCAUUAACAGUAUUGGACGGCCCAAGAUUGGCCCAGUCUCCUCCGGUGAAGGUCUCUGUUAGAAUCAAAGGAAGCGGGAUGCUUCCUUCCGUUGCCCACCCAAUUAACCGUCCGGGUCGGGUUAAAGUCUCGACAAAGAAACCGUUUGAAACGUGCGUUUGCACCAUGACGCGAAACGCAGCUAGCGUUUUGAGAGAAUGGGUCAUGUACCACGCCGGAAUCGGCAUUCAACGGUGGUUCAUCUACGAUAACAACAGCGAUGACGACAUAGUUUCCGAGAUUACGAAUCUAGAAAAACGCGGUUACAACAUCUCGAGACAUUUUUGGCCGUGGAUCAAAACCCAGGAAGCUGGAUUCGCCAAUUGCGCGAUCCGAGCAAGGAGCGAGUGCGAUUGGGUUGCGUUUAUCGACGUCGACGAGUUCUUCUACAUCCCGUCUAGUCAAACGCUAAUCGAAGUAAUCAGAAAUCACACAACGCCAUCAUCAUCUUCCGGUGAGAUCGGUGAAAUUCGAACGCCGUGUCAUAGUUUUGGACCGUCGGGUCUCAGAGAUCCACCGCGUAGUGGAGUCACGGCGGCGUACACGUGUCGUAUGGCGUUGCCGGAGAGGCACAAGAGCAUAAUUCGACCGGAAUCGCUAAACGCAACGCUGAUCAACGUCGUGCAUCAUUUUCACUUGAGAGAAGGAUUCACGUUUGCUGACGUGGAUAAGGGUACAAUGGUAAUUAAUCACUACAAGUAUCAGGUUUGGGAUAUUUUUAAGGAGAAGUUUAAAAGGAGAGUGGCCACUUACGUGGCGGAUUGGCAGAACGAAGAGAAUGUCGGGUCGAAAGAUCGGGCACCCGGAUUAGGGACCCGACCCGUUGAACCUUCUGAUUGGGCUGAGAGGUUUUGCGAGGUGACGGAUAUUGGGCUUAAGGAUUGGGUUUUGGAGAACUUCAUAGAUCGUAAGACGCAGCGUUUAGUAUGGGAGAGAGAAGAGAAGAGAGUGGAAGAUGAAGUUAUAGCUCAAAUGGGCUCGUGGGCCGAUAAAAGGGUUGGUCGAAAGAGGAAAAAACAAUUAAAAGCACGAUAGUAUGUACGUAAAUUGGUUUUGUUUCCACGGUGAAAAUAAUGUAGAUACGUCCGAUUUGUAAAUAUUGAUUGCUUCCCGGGAAAAAGAAAAAAAGAAUCAAAUCACAAAUGUAUAUACUCUUUACUUCAUAAGUCGAAUAAUUCGUCAAGAUAGAAUUAUUUUCUAAUUUUAUUUUUAUCAAAGGAAGAAUGUAA